GCCGCCGCCGCCGCCCCCCUCUCUCCCCCUCCCGCGCCGCGUGCUCCCCUAUCUCCGCGGCCGCGUGCGUCGCACCCACCGCCGCCCGUCCUCCCGCCCGCUCGCGUUUCCGCGUGACGAAAUUGCCCAGUCCAUUGGGGAACGUGAUACGUUAAUUAAAAGGUCUCGGACCCUCGCACGUCACCAAUGCACACAUCAGCCAAUGCCGUGCGGCAGCCGGCGCGCCAAUGGGGAACGAGGCUAGUGCCACAGCCGCCGCCGCCACCACCACCACCGCCGUCGUCGUCGUCUAUAAAAGGAGAAUCCUAAGUUGGAGUAUUUGUUGCUUAUUAUACCCCCCGCGCUCUGACAGCCGGCGCAGUGUGCGGCGUGACAGGCAGGCGGGCGGACUAGGCGGACAAGGCAGGCAAGUGAGCGGCGCGCGCGCGCGUUACGAACACGCGCACGCGUGACGUGAAGGGCUCGACCGCCGCGCCGCCGCUGCCACCCACCCCGGCACUUCGUCCAUCGCGUGCCCCCCGUCACGGCAGCCAUGUACUCCCUCAAGAAGCUCGCCGUCCACUGGAGGACGAUCGUCGUGGUGUUGGUGCCGUUGGUGUUGCUGCCUCUCGCCAUCCCGGACUCCAGGGCUGUGCCGCUGCCUGUCACUUCGCUGCUGCCCGUCGUGCUGUUCCCGUUGCUGGGGGUGCUGGGCACCGAGCAGGUGUGCAUCAACUACCUCAAGGAGACCAACAUGAUGUUCAUAGGUGGCUUAAUUGUUGCGAUAGCAGUUGAAAACUGCAACUUGCACAAACGAAUAGCGUUGCGGACGAUUUUAACUGUGGGAACCAGCCCUAGAAGGUUGAUGCUGGGUUUCAUGUGCACCACUUGCAUUCUCUCUAUGUGGAUAUCAAAUACGGCCACUACAGCAAUGAUGGUACCAAUAGUACAAGCUGUAAUUGAUGAAUUGAAAGCAGAGGCGAGUGGAGGCUUUGAUCACGAGACGCGACGCAAGUCCAUCAUCGUGAAGAAAGAGAGCAAGGACCUCAAGGACCUCAAGGACUUCAAAGACUUAAAGGACGUCCCGGAGGCUGUGGACGUCGAGAACCUUCAACAGAGGCCUGAUCAAGAAACUAUUUGCUACUACCUCGGAGUCGCUUAUGCCUCCAAUUUGGGAGGUGCAGGAACUCUCACCGGUACAGGAACAAACCUAACUUUCAAAGGAAUCUACGACAGUGUUUUUCCUGACAGUGAAGGUAUAAACUUUGCAAGCUGGAUGAUAUUUUGCAUUCCUCUCACCAUUGUCAACAUUUUAGCAGCUUGGCUGUGGUUACAAUUUCUAUUCAUGGGACUAUGCAGAAAACAGAAGAAGAUGGUAAUGACAAAAGAACAGGCUCAACAAGUCAGACAAGUUAUCAGAAAAAAAUAUGAUGAACUUGGGCCAAUGACUUUUCAUGAAGCUUCUACCUUGGUCCUUUUUAUUGCCCUUGUGUUGAUGUGGUUCUUUAGAGAACCUGAAUUUAUUCCUGGUUGGGCAGAAUUUAUAUCUGAUGUAGAGAUUCAAGAUGCUACCCCAGCUAUGUUGAUUGUGUUCCUUAUGUUUGUUUUACCAUCAAAUUUAAGAGUAAGUCCUUCAAUUCUCCACUGGAAAUUGGUUCACGAAAAAGUACCAUGGGGAAUAGUUUUGUUGCUUGGUGGUGGUUUUGCAAUGGCUGAAGCCAGCAAACAAUCUGGACUGUCAACAUUGAUUGGUCAGGAUUUGCUGGUUCUGAAAGCACUCCCACUACCUUUAAUUCUUGUAAUCAUAUGUACAGCAACCUGUUUCCUCACUGAAGUUUCAUCAAAUACAGCAAUUGCAAAUAUUGUUUUACCUGUCCUUGCUGAAAUGGCUGUGGCGAUGAAGAUUCAUCCACUCUAUUUCAUGAUGCCAGCAACUCUCUGCUGCACAUAUGCAUUCAUGUUGCCGGUUGCCACCCCUCCAAAUGCCAUUGUCAUGGCAGCAUCCAACAUGAAAACAACUGAUAUGAUGAAGGCAGGAUUUGGAAUGAACAUUAUGUGUCUAAUAAUACUCUGUCUCUCCUACACCACAUUGGGAGUUACAAUAUACGAUUUGCACAAUUUUCCUGAAUGGGCACAUCUUCCAAAUGCCACAGCUGCAGCAUGAAUUUGAACCAAAUGGAAUCCUGUGUCCAAGUGUGUGGUACAAUUAUUUAACUCGAGAGACUUGGCGAGAUUUGAACCAAGACAGAUUUUUAUGCUGUGUUUAUUGGUGAAGACUUUUGAACAACCUCACCUACUGUUUGUACAUAUUUUUUAAAGUAUUUAUUUCAUGAUUUAUUUGAGAGAGUAGUUUUUGAAUUGCUCUCUUGUGAAGAAAUCAACGAGAUUACAUUUAUCAGUAUUUUCAAGUGUUUGGUGCUUUGUGUAAGCUCCUGCACAUAGCAAGGACCAAUGAUUUUUAUUUUGUGUGGUUUUAGUACUGAUAUUUUUUCCUCGUAGUGUAAAGUUAUACAUGUAUACGUGAUUUACAUCUGUAUAAAAUGUUUUUUAGUCCUAAUUUUUACCAUGAAAGUUAUAAAGUUUACUUCCCUGAAUUCUACAUGAUCUUCUGUAUUUGAAAUGCAGAAGACAAUGUGUUUUUUUUUUAUUGAAGAUAGUGUUAUAUAAAUGCAUGAUGUAACAGCUUACUUGCUGCCUAAAUUUCAUUACCCAGAGUGUUGUUUUUUUUGUCAGUUUCUGGUCUAAAACAUUUUAAAAUUUAUAUGCAUUUUUAAAGAUGAAAUAAUUAUUUGGUCAUUGAUGAAUGACACUACAUGUACCUGUCUUUCUUCUAGUUUUUUUCCUGAUUUUUAUUUACAAAAGUAAAUACUUCUGGGAAAUAACUAUCUUUUCCAUAUACAGCAUCAAAAUGUUAAGAAAACUGUUCAUGAAACGCUGUAAUGCUGAAUAAAAUGUUUGAAAUACAUAAAAUUAAUUUUUAAAAGAAUACUUACUUAAGGGACUCAAAACCCAAUCUCCAUCAUUUCUGUUGGUUCCAUUUCCCCAUGUUAUUUCAAUUAUUGAAAUCAAUAAAUAUAUAAUUUUGUUUAACAGAUUUGUGUUCAUAUUUAGUUAUUGUACUCACACCAAUGUGAACAAAUGUAGUCCUCUUUCGUGAAUUAUUGUUUUUUUUAAGAAAGUAAUUAUUCUGGGAUAUCUUCAGAGAUAUAAAUAGAAGCUUUAACUCCUUUUAAGACAUUUGAGUGCAUAUCUAGCAAAGGUAGGGAUUUUUUGAAUUUGAUUUAGGCAUUAGCCUUUCUCUUCUUUACAAAAAAUAAUUAACUCUCUGAAAAAGAAUGAAAUCAGUCUUACUGCAAUUUACACUUAUGUUCUUUUAACAAAUGAGAAACUGUAAAGGGCAGUAUUUGGAAAUUUAAAACAGAUUUCUUAAUGCAAUAAAAGAAAUUGAAGGAAAACUAUACAAAAGAAAUUUUGUUCAAAUAAUCCAAUGAGCAACAGGUAUGUCAUUAGUACUUAUGAAGCGACAUAACUGAAAAGUACUCAUUUUGCAGCAGAAGGGUUUUGUCAAACCAAGCAGUUGUUCACAAUGUGUGACAAUGUUUUUCUCUACAUUGCCUGUUUUGUGAACUAUAUUUAGUCUAUUAUUAAUAAAAAUGUCAAUUUUCUAAAUAUGCCUUAACUAGAAAACAACUAUGUUUUUGAUGACCCAUUUCUUGUCCACUAGUAAUGUCAAAAUAUUUGGUACCCACUUGAGUUUAGCUCGAGCCAGCAUUGCCACUAAUUCUGCUGUGAUUCUGACCUGGAUGUUCCAGGUUUCAAGUCCCGGUAGUGGAUUUUUUACUCUACAAUAUUGCUAGAUUGAAUUUGGCCACUGUUUGAAGGAGAGGAGGAGGAGGCUAGCAGCUAUGGACAAUAAUGUUCAUGGUUUCUCUGAUCGAUAUCGGGCAAAUACUAGAGCAGUACCCUAACAAACAGACCAGGCUCACACAUGAUCUUUUCUUCCUCAACCU